CGCUCCCGUCGCUUCCCCAAACAUAUCUCCUCCCGAUCCAAUCUCACCCGGCCAACUGCAAACACAGGUAGCCCGCGCCCGCGGGGAAUCGUCGAUCCAGUUCGCUAUUCCAUGAUGGCGCUGCGACAACUACAACAAGAAGAUGACUUUCUACCUGACCCCGAUGCCAUGUUUCGCGAGCUUGUCCGCCUCGGUCAUAUUACCGAGGCCAACACGGACAACAUCACCCCACACGCCAGCGUCGCGGGUGCACUGGCCACGGCAGUGGCCGAAGCACUCAAGACGGUGGACGCGCCAUCCGAUGGGCGCGACUGCCCGAUCUGCAUAGAGGACGACGACUCGGCGGCGUGGAAGGAGACGCCUUGUGAGCACCGGUUCCACGGGCGGUGCCUCGAGAGGUGGCUGCAGGCCAAGGGGAGCUGCCCCAUGUGCCGGCGCCAGCUGGUGACCAUGCCCUCCGCCGCCGCCCCUAGUACUGCUGUAUUCUCAGAUUUAGAGCUGGAUGCCAUGAUGGACCUCGUGAAUUACUAGUUGCCUCUGUAGGGAAAUUAAUGAUGCUCCUUGCUUAGGGCUGCUCGAUCGGCAAACAUCUGGAAAUGUAAUCAUAUGUUUAUUCACAUUUUCUUCAUCA